AACAUGGCCAAGAGAGUUGCAAUAGUGGGAGCCGGGGUCAGUGGCCUGGCCUGCAUCAAGUGCUGUCUGGAGGAAGGAUUGGAGCCCAUCUGCUUUGAGAGGAGUGACGACUUGGGAGGGCUGUGGAGAUUCACUGAACAUGUGGAAGAAGGCAGAGCCAGUCUCUACAAGUCUGUAGUUUCCAACAGCUGCAAGGAGAUGUCUUGCUACUCAGACUUUCCAUUCCCAGAUGAUUAUCCAAACUAUGUGCCAAAUUCUCUAUUCCUGGAAUAUCUCAAAAAGUAUGCAAACCAGUUCAACCUUCACAAAUGUAUCCAAUUCAAGACCAAAGUCUGCAGUAUAACAAAGCGCCCAGAUUUUUCUGUCUCUGGCCAAUGGGAUGUGAUCACUCUACAUGAAGGGAAGCAAGAGUCCGCUGUCUUUGAUGCUGUCAUGGUCUGCACUGGUUUUCUUACUAAUCCAAGUUUGCCCCUGGACUCCUUUCCAGGUAUAAAAGCUUUUAAAGGCCAAUACUUUCAUAGCCGAGAAUAUAAGCAUCCAGAUAUAUUUAAGGACAAGUGUGUCCUUGUGAUUGGAAUGGGUAACUCUGGUACAGACAUUGCUGUGGAAGCCAGCCACCUGGCAAAAAAGGUGUUCCUGAGCACAACUGCAGGGGCAUGGGUGAUAAGCCGAGUGUAUGACUCAGGGUACCCAUGGGACAUGGUGUUCAUGACACGAUUUCAGAACAUGUUCAGAAAUGCUCUCCCAACUCCAAUUGUGUCUUGGUUGCUUGCAAGAAAGAUGAACAGUUGGUUCAAUCACACAAAUUACGGCGUAGUUCCAGAAGACAGGGUACAGCUGAGAGAGCCUGUGCUAAAUGAUGAGCUUCCAGGUCGUAUCAUCACGGGCAAAGUGCUCAUCAAGCCGAAUGUAAAGGAGGUGAAGGAACAUUCAGUCAUAUUUAAAAACUCCCCAAAAGAAGAACCCAUUGAUAUCAUUGUCUUUGCCACUGGAUACACCUUUGCUUUUCCCUUCCUUGAUGAGUCUGUAGUGAAAGUUGAAGAUGGCCAGGCAUCACUGUACAAGUAUAUCUUCCCCACGCACCUGCAAAAGUCAACUCUGGCUUUCAUCGGUCUCAUCAAACCCUUGGGCUCGAUGAUACCCACAGGAGAAAUGCAAGCUCGAUGGGCUGUUCGAGUACUGAAAGGUGUGAAUACAUUACCACCAUCAAGUGUUAUGGCAAAGGAGGUUAACGAAAGGAAAGAAAACAAGCCUAGUGGGUUUGGCUUGUGUUACUGCAAGGCUUUACAAUCAGAUUAUAUCCCAUACAUGGAUGAACUUCUAACCUAUAUUGAUGCAAAACCCAACCUGUUCUCCAUGCUCCUGACGGAUCCACGCCUGGCUUUGACCAUCUUCUUUGGUCCAUGUUCACCAUACCAGUUCCGCUUGACUGGACCAGGGAAAUGGGAAGGAGCCAGAAACGCCAUCCUGACCCAGUGGGACCGAACAUUCAAGGUCACCAAAACUCGAGUUUUACUAGACUCCUCAUCUGUGUUUGAAAACUUACUUAAACUCUUUAGCUUUCUGGCUUUGCUUAUGGCCAUUUUCCUGAUUUUCUUGUAAGUAAACUAUUUCCUCAAUGCCUUUUCAGAUGCACAGGGUAGAUUUACAAUGCUCUAGUUCCUCCAUUACAGCAAGAUCACCUUCCUGGCAAUAGAUCAUACCCCCAGGUAAUGAAAGUCACCCUUGCCCUUCCAUGGCUGGCCCCAGGGUACCACUGCCAUUCCUGAGCCUCUCCCAGGUCCACCUGAGCCUAAUGCUAGAGGAUGAGAACCAAGUUUUCUGUGCAUUUCAA